GUUUUUGACGUUUUGUUUGUUGUGAAAAACCGGCUGAUUACGACAAAAGUAGAAAUUUUUAUCGGUGGAUAGGUGCAGAUUAAUUUGCACACACAAAAAAAAGCAUUUUAACAAGCAUAUUUAUUUCAGUUUACGUAAUGGCAACGUUCCGUUUGGGUGCAAUCGCUUCAAUUGCAACGAGGAUACCUCAUCAAAAUGUGGCAAAACUGCAGCGAAUAAACCUCGUCCGUCGAUUGGCUACUGGAGGAGCAGCACCGAAAAAACCUACCAGCACACUGGGGCUGGCGCUAAAAGGCAUGGCAGUCGGUGCAUUGGUGGGCACCGGAUGGUCCGGCUACAGUUACUUCAAAGGUGGUCCUACCGACCAUAUGCUGCAUGAGCAUGUAGGACCGAAGGUGCUAGAUAAGAUGCCAGAUGUAAAAAUAAUGCGAAAAGUAGUCAAUCCGAAGGACGAUUCCGGGUUGGAUUUGGUGCUGUUCCAGUUUCAAACGUGUCCCUUCUGUUGUAAGGUUCGAGCCUUUCUCGAUCACAGCGGCCUCUCGUACUCGGUGGUUGAGGUUGAUGCAGUGCUACGCCAGGACAUACGCUGGUCGGACAGUAAAAAGGUUCCGAUUUUGCUAGCCAAAACGAAAACCGGCAAAUACGUCCAACUAACCGACUCGAGCAUGAUCGUGUCGUCGAUUUCCAGCUUCCUCCGAGACAAAAAGCAAGACAUUGGCGAACUGGCGAAAUAUUAUCCUUCGAUAUCGUACGAAAACGAUGCCGGCCGGAAAGUGUUCGAUAUCAUGAACAAAUAUUUCCUGAUGUUCCAAGAAAAGAAGGUUGACAAUCGUUCGAAGGAAGAACAAGAGGAGGAACGUAAAUGGCGUGCAUGGGCGGACGAUCAUCUGGUACAUUUGAUUUCUCCCAAUGUGUACCGCACGAAGGACGAGGCACUGGAAACGUUCGAGUGGUUUUCCGAUGUGGGCGAAUGGAACGUACACUUCCCGAAAUGGGAACGGGAUUUAAUGGUUUACGUCGGUGCAUUCGCAAUGUGGGGUAUCAGCAAACGGUUGAAGAAACGGCACCAGCUCAGUGACGAUGUACGAACGCACAUAUACGAUGCGUGCGAUCGAUGGAUCGGUGAAAUCGAAAAGAAGAAAACCACAUUUCACGGAGGCUCGCAGCCGAAUCUGGCAGAUUUGGCAGUGUUUGGUGUACUGAACAGCAUGGAAGGCUGUCAGGCUUUUAAGGACUGUUUGGAAAACUCCAAAAUUGGUCCAUGGUUUUAUGCAGUAAAGGAGCAGGUGCUUAGAAAUCGGGGCAAUGCGUUGUAAAAGUAAUUGUUCUAUUUGUUUUUAAAUUAUGGUUAUUAUGCAAAUAAAAAUAGGCACAAAAAUGCUAAACACAAA